CUGAUUGGAAACGUACUAUUGCCAUGUUUGUUCGUGAUGGUGUUUGCGAAGCACCUGACAAAAACAUCGUUGCCAGCGUUACGUGGAGGGAUGGCUGGAAGUGCUGCAUCACGGGCAUGCAGGCUUCAUACUGGGACCCUUUGAUCGUCGUGCCCAUCCUCCCGAGAAUAAAGUUCGCAGCUGCAGACAUGGAAACCAAUUCUUGUCGCGAAAUGCUUGAAGCCUUUCUAGCACCUAGACUGAUGGAUCGGCUACUCUCCGAUACUGAGGAAGACUUGUAUGACCGUGUCGAGAAUCACUGGCUUCUUCGUAAAUCUGCCGCGGCCGCCUUUGCUCAAGGGUAUUUCCAGCUUUCGCUCAACAGGAGGGGGUCCAGGUAUGAAGUUCUGAAGAACCUGAGAGGUGGACCGUACUACCCUUCCGUAUUGGACGAGGUAGAGGACUUUCGACGUGGCCAUUUCGUUGAUGUCUCUUCUACGAAUAUCAAUAUUCCGAGGCGUUGGGCUUUGGAGAUUGCAUCCCGCUUCGCCACUCCACGUCGAUGGACAUACAUUGCCCAACAAAUUGCUAGUAAAAAGCGUAAACGAACUUAUACGGUAUUCCCGAAUUUAUUCCCCUUCUUCGACACCCACGUCGCCAUACUCAAGAUGGUCUGGCGCCUCGUACCCGGAAACAUACGGAUCCGGAUAUAUCGCCGUCUGGCAUCUCUCGGUGAGGACAUCUAUGGCUUCACCGACAGCUUCAACGUGCAGCAGCUCCCUUUCGGCCUCUAUCUAAAGGUAGUUCACUCGACCCGACGCGAGAGCCUGGUUAACGAGUACGCAACACUGGGGCUGUUACGGCGCUAUACGAACGUACCGGUUCCCCGCGCCCUGGAUGUGGUCUCAGACUCGAGCUACACGUACCUCUUAACCACGCAGGUUCCCGGCCAUAGGCUCGACUUGUGUAUCGACACCAUGAGCGACGAAGACACCGCCACGCUGGUCUCCGAGUUGCGUCGACACAUGACAGCACUUCGCGCCGUUCCUAGGCCCCGAGGUCGGAGGCAUAUCAUCUCCAACGCCACCGACGGGCGCUGCUUUGACGAUCGAAUCAAUGCUGCGCUAAACGACGACCAAGUUUGGGGUGAGUUUGUGGGGCCGUUCCUGAGCGAGAAUGCCUUCAAUAAUACUCUACGAUGUGGAGCGCUGCCAGAGGUCGUUCAGCGAAGCGGGCAUAAGGUGGUGUUUACGCAUGGCGAUCUUAACCCGAGCAAUAUUCUUGUCGAUGAGCAUGGGGGGCUUGCCGGCAUUGUCGACUGGGAAAGCGCCGGGUGGUUGCCGGAGUACUGGGAUUAUACCAAAGCGUACUAUGCGACCAGGUUUCACCAGCGGUGGCUCAGGAUGGUUGAUGGUGUAUUUGACCAGUUCGGUGAUUUUAGGCACGAGCUGGAGAUAGAGAGGCAGCUGUGGAAUUAUUGCUUCUAUUAUGCUUAAGUGAAGCUUCUAGUUCACGGUAUCCGGAAUUCAAGUUCCUCGCCGGCAGUAGUUGAGGAAUAUGACGCGGUCCCUCUUGGUCUUUGUUUCUUAGCCAGGAACGAGCACUUG